CAAAUUCAUACACGUAUUUUCUGUUUCAGCUUCUAGUCCCCACGGGAUUCCAGAGCUGUAAUGAAGCUGUAUCGCGUACAGUUCGCCACGCUGUAUUGCAUGUGAAUUGUGUAUAGUCUUUCUCUCUCCUUCUAUAUAGAGAGAGAGAGAGAAUCGGAGGAUCGCUUCCCAACAACAACAGCAACAACAAAACCAACACGACCCAAAUGUGCAACUGGCAGUUUUAAUUUCAUCCACAGCGAGGAAACCGAGAUGGUGUUGUUCCAGGAAUGGAUCGGGUAAAGGACAAGAUGGGUCUGAGAUUUGGGUGCGGAACAAUUCUUCUUUUUCUGCGCAAAGCUCCCAUCUUUUCCUCCUCCUGCUUUUCCUACUUCUACCAUUCACCUGCCUCACGGAGAAAAAGAAGCAUUCGACUUGAGAUCUUGAUGGAGAAAGUUGAGGACUUGGAGAAGUUUGUGGAAGAUGGAGAUCAGAAGGGCUUCUCUGAAUGCAGCAGUGGAUGCCAAUCUGGCUGGACUCUGUACCUUUGCCACUCACAUGACGACAGCCUCACUACCCGCUACUCUCCUCCUCCCAGAAAAGAAGUCUCUGUUCAUGAAGAUGAAGAAGACGACCUGUCAAUGCUUUCAGAUGCGUCUUCUGGACCUCCACAUGCCACGGAAGAAGAGUGCUUCAACUUUUAUUAUUCUUCUGAUAAUGGAGAUGGCUGUCUCACUACAUUUGCUAGGAAUGGGAUCUGUAAGAGAAGAAAGGCUGUAGAAGAUAACCGCCAGAAGCAGAGAAGACAGCCCGAGAACUCUACCUUCUUUGACGACACAGCUACCAGUAGCAUCAGCAGCAGCUGCAGCAGCAAGAACCUCCUUGUACAUGAUGUCUUGGAACUCUCCUGUGAUUUCUCUGCAAACCAUUUCAAGAGGAAGGCUGCUUUGACGAAGCAUAUGGUUAAUUAUCUUCAUUCUUCCCAAGCACCAGUAAACAAAUAGAGAGGAAUAAUGGCGACACAGCCUCACUCCUUUUCUUUAACAGGGCUGUAGCAAGAAGACGAGAACGAUCUGCUUUAAACAAAAGAGGGACGGAGAGUUAUCCCUGUAAAGAUCUGUCCAUGGCUUCAUUUUUUAAUAUUUUUUUUUCCAAUUUAUUUUAUUAUCUUGUUCUUUUGCUCCUAGCCACCUUUUUACCUUUUCUUCUUGUCAACGCAGUAGGAAACAUCCUGAACAAGGAAAGAGGAGACUAAUAAAAUUUGCUUUUUUAUUCUGUUGAGCCCUUUGUUAUGAAAUGAGAGAGGAAUAAAAAGCACCAUUUGUAAGGGGGUUUUCUUCAAUUUUAUGUAUAUAUUCAACUCAUGCUCUGUUCUAA